AUGCUGAAAGCGAUGGCCCCACUGUUCAGCCGUCACAAGCACUCGCGCCCUUUCAAGGAGUACUACGCGGAGUGGUUCAGCGCACUUAAGAACAACCUCCUCCCACUUCUCCGGCGAUCCAUCGCCGGCGACUCCCCCACCAUCCUUUCAACCCACGUGGAGAUGAUCCACCAGCACUUCCAAUCCUUCUACCACGCCCUCGACGCCGCCGCAAACUCCGACCCUUCACAACUCCUCUCCCAAGAAUGGCGCAACUCCAUCGAGAAGCCCCUCCUCUGGCUCGGCGACCUCCACCCUUUCCUCUUCAUCAACCUCGCUCGCUCCUUCCUCGACGAAACCGCCACCGACGACGAAAACGACACCGACCACCACUUGCCCAACAACGCCGUUCUUGAAAAGGGUCUCGAUAACCGCCCCUGGCAAGUGGCGAUGGCGUGGCGCCACGCGUCAGAGGCGUUAACAACUCGCAUGGAUCAGAUAGAGUGCGGUUUGAGGGUGAUAGUGCCAACCUUAACGGACAGAAUGAAACAUGCUGAGGCUGCGUUUAUUGAUCGUGUUGUUGGGGAUUGGUUUCGAUGCAGAGAUAGGAAAGGUGAAUCGAAGGUGGCUGUGUGUGCUGAUGUUAAGGGUCACAUGGAAGAGUUGGUGAGUGUGUUUCUUUAUGCUAAUAGGUUGAGGAGAAGCGUUCUUGUUGAUAUUAUCAGUGCUGCCACUGUUUACCAAGCUGCCUUGUUUCUUGAAGGGUUGGCCCAAUUCCUUAUUGGGUUCAGGGAUCAUCAGUUGGUUAAUGCUGUUGAACAUUUUAAGACUUUGUCUCUCGUUUCUUUGUUCUUCUUGUACGAUGAUCGUGUUAAUCAGUGUCGGAGCCAGAUUGGUGCCAGCAGGUACUUUGGCACUGGCUAUAUAACAGUAGCUAUUUUGACAUCAGCUGAAUUUUUUGGCACCGGCUUAAAUGUCUUGCUAGCUUCGCCACUGGUGUUAAUUGAAGAUCAAGUGAACUCUUGGGUUUUCAUAUCUGGAGAUGAGGAACAGCAUGAAUGGAUUAUUGAGAUGGCCUAG